AUGGCUCCGGCACUUUAUGAAGUUCACCACACAAUCACAUCGGCCCGCUUGUUCUACCCCGGCGAAAAGGUCGCAAUAGGAGCGUCAGGCGGCAAGGACUCCACCGUCCUAGCUUCCGUGCUGAAGACGCUCAAUGAGCGCCACAAAUACGGCCUCGACCUGGUGCUGCUCAGUGUCGAUGAGGGAAUCAAGGGCUAUCGCGAUGAUUCGCUGGAGACCGUGAAGCGAAACGCCGAGCAGUACGAGAUGCCUCUGAAGAUUGUUGGGUACGGCGAGCUUUAUGGCUGGACCAUGGACCAGGUCGUCGAGACUAUCGGCAAGAAGGGCAACUGCACAUACUGCGGCGUCUUUCGCCGUCAAGCGCUCGACCGGGGCGCCAAGCUGCUCGGCAUAAGACAUGUCGUCACUGGCCACAAUGCCGAUGACGUGGCGGAGACCGUUCUGAUGAACCUUUUGCGCGGGGACCUGCCACGCCUGUCGCGCAGCACGAGCAUCGUGACAGGAGGCGAUCAUUCCGAGGUCAAGCGAAGCAAGCCGCUUAAGUACGCCUACGAGAAGGAGAUAGUUUUGUAUGCCCACCACAAGAAGCUGGACUAUUUCAGCACUGAGUGCAUUUACAGCCCGGAAGCAUUCCGCGGCAGUGCGCGCAGCCUCAUCAAGAAUCUGGAAAAGGUCCGGCCCAGUGCCAUUCUGGAUAUCGUGCGGAGUGGCGAAGAUAUGGCCCGUCUCGUACCAGGAGCGGCACCGCAGUCGUCCUGUGCCUGUGCCGGAGGGUCGGCCGCUGAUUCCACGACAGCAUCUGCGAGUGGCGAAGGAAGAGGAGGCUGUGGAUCGCUGGCCGGCCAAAUGCCCGCCGGGGAGUUGGCUGCGAUGGAGGCGCAGCUGAAGAGUAAUGAGGCGGCAGAAUCGCUAGAGAUUGACGUGGCUGCAGCGUUGCCAAUACAGAGGAGAGACAAAAAAGACGGCUCUGCACGGAAACAGGCAAACGGCGGUCAGGCAAACGGCAGGACGGCUCCGGCAAAGCAGGUGCUGGGAACGUGCGAGAGAUGCGGAUACAUGUCCAGUCAGGCAAUAUGCCAAGCCUGCAUGCUGCUUGAAGGGCUGAACAAGAACAGACCACACAUCAGCAUAUAA